AUGGAUGGGCUGAAGGUCAAAGUCUCCGGCUCACCUUCUCCAAAAAUCCAGAAACCUACGUUCUUCGGCGAUGUAACAUCCGAAACGCUCGUCGAUCUUGAAGCCAGUCUUCAGAGCGAGCUUCCAGAAACCGUUGACUUCGUGGAAAUCCUCUCAGAACUCAGUGCAUUCGAAGGCCUAUGGAAAUAUGGAUACGCCGGAAUGCAGAAUUACUACCUUGCGAACCCUGUUUUCAACACCCAUGGAGAUAUCAUGUUCGAAGUGCGUUUCCAUACCCGACAAAUAGCUCCACCAGCGGGCCAGAACCCUGCGAAUCACGCUCAGAUUAUAAACGUAGAGGGACCGAAACAGAACGCUCGAUCGCGUGCAGGCCGGAACCUGACUGCAAGGGCGAAGAAUAUUGUUCACAAUGCUCUGAAUGGUGCUCGUGACAUCCAGCGGGGUUCAGGUGCAAACGGAUACAGAAUGUAA